ACUCCAGCUGAGUUUCCUGUGAGGAACCCAGCAGCUUGCAUCGAGUCGCUGACUCCUGUCAGCCUUUACAGCAGUCCCCAUGCUAGGCAAGGAUUAAUAAAGAAUUAAAGAUGGAUUAUUUUUUAGUUUUUUCAGGAUUAAAUGGAUUUCAGGUUCUUCUAGGACCGACUAAAUCAGAACCAGAGCCACUGGGUUCUGUGUGUCCAGCAGAUCUCAGCUGGAGGACAGGCUGCUGUGUUGGACCCUUUGUAUGCAUGGAUGGGUUUGUUCCACUGGGAGGACUGUUAUUGUUUGUGAGGCCGGGGGGCUGUGUGUGCUGACAUGGAUCUUGUGUGCGCACAUUCAGUUGAACGGUGAGGACAGGGAAAGGACAGCUGCUGUAGGGACACUGGCCACCAAUGUGAGGACGUACAGAGACAGUUUGGAUUGAGAUGGAACCAAAGAGACAAACCUGGGAUUCUCAUUGGAUGUACAGGAGCAUGGACUAGUCUGGGAGCACACACUCACACUUUAGAAAUUGGACGAGGUGUCAACAUGCAGGAGUCUCCAGGAGCCGUUGGUGUGGAUGGCGGUUACGCCAGCAACGUUCCCGCCUUUCUCACCAAGCUGUGGACCCUAGUGGAGGAUCCAGAAACCAACCAUCUGAUCUGCUGGAGCGCCACUGGGACCAGUUUUCACGUCUUUGACCAGGGACGCUUCGCCAAAGAGGUUCUACCCAAAUACUUCAAACACAACAACAUGGCGAGCUUUGUCCGACAGCUCAAUAUGUACGGGUUUCGUAAGGUGGUGAAUAUUGAGCAGAGCGGACUGGUGAAACCUGAAAGGGACGAUACAGAGUUCCAGCACCUCUACUUUCUCCAGGGACAUGAGCACAUGCUGGAGCACAUCAAGAGAAAGGUGUCCAUAGUGAAGAGCGAGGAAACCAAAGUCCGACAGGAGGACCUCAGCAAGCUGCUGUAUGAAGUCCAGCUCCUCAGGACUCAGCAGGAAAACAUGGAGUGUCAGAUGCAGGACAUGAAGCAGCAGAAUGAGGUCCUCUGGAGGGAGGUGGUCUCACUGAGGCAGAACCACACGCAGCAACAGAAGGUCAUGAACAAGCUGAUCCAGUUCCUGUUCAGCCAAAUGCAGCCCAACACCCCCAACACCAUGAGCCUGAAGAGGAAACUGCCUCUGAUGCUGGAUGACGGGUCUCUCAGCCCGCCAGCCUCUAAGUUCAGCCACAGUCAUCAGAUGGAGGCGGUACCCGAGCCCUUCUACAUCCACUCGCCACCCGGUGAUGCGGCUUCCUGCUCCUCCAGUGGGCUGACAGGAGGACCAAUCAUAUCAGAUGUUACUGACAUGUCUCAGGCUGCCCUAACCAUUCAGAUGCAGCCAGAUGAGAACAGGGAGAAGUGCAUGAUGCUAAUCAAGGAGGAGCCCGUGAGUCCAGGUGUCCUAGGUAAAGGAGGUGGUGUGGGCGGAGGAGAGGGCGUGGCUGUGACCUCCACCUGUGAGGUGUGCUCCUCAGAGCCUCCUGUCCUCCCUGUCGCCAUGGUGCAGUCGGUUCUGGAAGGGAGGGGCUCUGCAGCUUCCAUGAUGGAAAAGAGGAGUAAGAGACCUGCCCUUGACAGAGUGGACGUUUCUGAGGCAGUGGAGAACGUGGACAUGAGUCUGGAGGAGCUGCAGCAACUUCUGAUCAGGAGCCACCAGCAGAGCGCCAUGGAGACUGGAGCCAGCACCGCUAUGGAUCCAUUCAGCCUGAACCUUCCUCUGAACGAGUGGACCUUCUCAGAGAUGGAGUCCAACCUAAAAUCAUACAUGUUUCAGAACCAGGACCCAGAAGCUUUUCCUGCUGCCAGCUGUGAGGAUCAGUGACGUCGUCGGUGAAGGUCAGUCCUCCCGGACCCGGAGCAGCAGUCAUUCUGAUAUUCUGCUUCAUGGAUCCGAUCCUGAGGCCCAGCCUGGCUCCUCCUACAUGCGGAUUUAUUUUACUGCCUUCAGCUCAAACGCUCAGACAUCACGUGAGCCUCGGCACUAAAGCGCGUAUUCCAGGUUAGCGUGCUGCUUCGGCUCUGAUGCUAGCUGCUGGAACGACUCCUUGAUAACGCCAUCGGAGUGCUGACUCAGCAUCCGUGGCUUUGGCACUUUAGUCUGUGUGUGAGUUUCUUCUUCCUAUAAUACUUUACCACUGAUCUGAGAAGGUGGUCCACUUAUAAACAAAAGUAAAGAAAUGAGGGUUUGGUUGGUUGUCUGUUACAAGACCUGGUUAGUGACCUUUACUAGCAGGUAGAACUUGUUUAGGUUAGGCCCAAAGGAUGUCCCAUAAGCCUCAGCAGCACCCCCCAGUGGACGGGAGACUUUUCACCUUGAGGAGCCUCGGUGGCGAGUGGAAGAUCCACAAAAGCAUGGCUCCACCUCCUCAUACUGCUCAGCAUCCCGUCCCCCCACCAGAAGGUGUUGGUCCCUAGCAUGACCAAGCUUUCUAACAGCUGUCCAUCAGGAGCCAGGACCAGGUCGUUCACCGGAGCCGGGAGCACACCUGGCAGCACCUGAAGCUCAGAAUAUGAGUGCCGGGUGGGGAGGUUCCCAGGUGUCUUUUAAAGUUGUUCCUGCUAUUAAAGGUAACCAAUGGAGCGUUCUAACGUCAUCAGAAAUCUGAGCCGAGGAGCCUGGAGAACCCUGGAGAACCAGGGUAGACGCCACUGAUGCGAGGUGUUUGUGCCGUUUGAAUGAACGCGUCUCCAGUCAUUCCAUGUUGGAGCAGAUGAGACGAGACUUUCUGAAGUGAUCUCCCCCCCCCCCCCCCAACACAGCUUAACGUGUCUCCACCCACCGCGGCCUUCAUUACACCUCUUCCAUCGAUUUGAAUGUGAAAUCUGAAAGAAACACAGACAAGUGUUGACUUUUCAUUUGACAAGAGCACGAGUACUUCUGCAUCUUUGCACAACCGUGACGACUAGUUAGAACAAAGACAGCAGCCGCUUUGUUUCGGUAGUUCGGCAGCGCUGCAGACUCCGACACAAACACACAGUUUGAGCCUGUUUUCUGUGUUCUGGUAAACGUUGGAGUGCUUUAGUGAUGUGGUUGAAGACGUGUUUAACUCUGAUGAAACAAAUGAAAGCAUAAUGGGUGUAAAUGUGGAAAGUGCUCAGCGCUGGUUGCAAGCAGCAGUUUUGUUUUGUACCAAAUACGAUAAGUUGAAUUGUGCAAUAAUGUACAGAACUGUGCGGAAGCUGCAAUACACGGAUGACCGUAGGAAUGUAGGACACGAGGACACGGAGCUGCGAGUUGUGGACUGGAACACGUGACUCUAGGAUGCACUUCUGAAGGAUAGUGUUAGUCUGCGGGGCUAAAAGCCCUGCUAUUCAUGCUGAGCUCAACAACAGCGGGAGCGCGGAUGUAGCCCACAGCUAAGCUACAAGCCCAGCUGUCAUUCAGGAGAAGUUUGGCUGAUCUGGACCACAUCUGAACCUUUUCCCAAAGCUGAAGGAGACAAAAGCUUCUGGCUGCUUGGCUAAAAGCAGAUUUACAUCAGGACUACUCUGGAUGUUAAAUCUGGAUGUCGGAAGUGCAACUCUGCUAAAGCCCUCACAGGUCCUCCUGAGAUGUUGACAUAUUUACAGUUUUAACAUGAAACCAAACACGAGACCACCUGCUGGGCAUCAUUUAGGGGUUAGCAGGUUAGAGAACGGUUGAGUUUGGUAAAAACUGAUUAAAUUGCACUAAAGUCACAUUUGUAAGAAACACAUUUUAGAACUAGCUUUUUAUUUUUGUUCUGAAUGAUUUUUAUGAGUGUAAAAACUUUUCUGAGUGAUGAAAAAGCACACUGUGCUGUUGUGUUCCUCAUUUAUUCCGUUUUUAUUUUUCCAUCAUUUGCACUGGAGAUGAACAGGUGUGUUCAAGCCACGCCCAGCACCCAGAGCACCUCGCCAUCAGCGUUCAGAAACAGCGUUUCUGUCGUAGCAAAUAAAAAACCAGGUGUAGCAAACACCUGAAGGGGAGGAGCUUAGUGCCCAGGUGCUUUAGAGUGGGCCACAUGCUGAAAAAGUGAACUGUUUUUGAUUUUUGCAAAGGCUAAAGUGUGUUGUUAGAGUACCUGAACAUGUAAUCCACCUGUGUGUGAAACGUUUAAGUGGCUAAUCCUAAUAAAAGAUCAAACGCUUAA